AUGAAUGACACCAGAGGUAUCCCAAGGCUCAGAAGGUCUGCGCGGGUUCUAGGCAAGCGACCCAGAACAGACUUCGAAGAUGACGGUAUUCCGGCACCUUCUUCUCCAAGUAAAUCGCAUAAUGGACCUUGCGGUAAACUUGAAGAAGAAGAUUUGCAGAGUGUGCUUGAGCUGGCUGAGCGCACGGGAUGGAAGCGUUGUGGCAAGUGCGGACAUCUUAUUGAGAAGAGCGUUGGCUGCAAUCACAUGAUUUGUCUCUGUGGCAAUGAUUUCUGCUACAACUGUGGCAAGAACACGAUUAUAGCCGCACAGAUGGCCGAAGACACGGGCGAAGAGAUGGACGAUGAAAUGAUCGAAGAGAUGAUGGCUGAAGAGGUAAUGGUUGAUCUGGUUGCAGAGAGGAUGGAUGAGCGAGACUGGGACGAGCGGCCUUGCAACCACCGAUGGAACAGACUCCUCGAGCCGUCGAAUUGUCAAGAAUGUGGCAAGACAGUACAGGGCUACAACAUUUUUGUAUGCCGCGCAUGUGAACUCGUUGCUUGCCUCGCAUGCCGUCAGGAACAUUAG